ACGAGACCCUCUUCUGACCCUUUCUUGGCUCUGCUGCGUAGUCCUCCCUGGACCAAGCCAGUCCUGGUGAAGAGACUAUAAAUCUUCCACUGAAUGAAAAAAUCUUUCUUAACGUUGCCUAUAGCCCAAGAAAAACACCCCAAAUGUUUUUAUAUUCUGUUUGAAUUCAAAAGUAAACAAGAAGUUUUCAUAGAAGCUUCGUGGCCGUCACCAUGUUCUGGAAGUUUGACUUGAACACCACGUCCCACAUCGACAAGCUGCUGGAUAAGGAGGACGUGACGCUGCGCGAGUUACUGGAUGAAGAUGACGUCCUGCAGGAGUGCAAGGCUCAGAACCAGAAGCUGCUGGGCUUCCUCUGCAGGCAGCAGUGCAUGGAGGAGCUGGUGAGCCUCAUCACACAGGACCCGCCCCUGGACAUGGAGGAGAAGGUCCGCUUCAAGUAUCCAAACACAGCCUGUGAGCUGCUGACAUGUGACGUGCCGCAGAUCAACGACAGACUAGGAGGGGAUGAGACUUUGCUGAACCUUCUUUACGACUUCUUGGACCAUGAGCCGCCUCUGAAUCCUCUGCUCGCCAGUUUUUUCAGCAAGACCAUUGGCAACCUCAUUGCAAGAAAGACUGAACAGGUGAUCCUGUUCUUGAAGAAGAAGGACGGGUUCAUCAGCCUGGUGCUGCGGCACAUCGGCACCUCGGCCCUCAUGGACCUGCUGCUGCGCCUCGUCAGCUGUGUGGAGCCGGCCGGGCUCCGGCAUGAGGUCCUGCAUUGGCUUAAUGAGGAGAAGACCAUCCAGAGGCUGGUGGCGCUGAUCCACCCCAGUCAGGAUGAAGAUCGACAGUCCAACGCCUCUCAGACUCUCUGCGACAUCAUCAGGCUGGGCAGAGAGCAGGGCACUCAGCUGCAGGAGGCCCCGGAGCCAGACCCCCUCCUCACAGCGCUGGAGUCGCAGGAGUGUGUGGAGCAGCUUCUGAAGAACAUGUUUGAUGGAGACCAGACCGAGAGCUGUCUCGUUAGUGGGACUCAGGUGUUACUUACCUUGUUGGAGACAAGGCGGGCUGGGACAGAGGGCUUGGUGGACUCCUUCUCUCAGGGACUGGAAGGGCUGUGUGCCGUCAGCAGCAGUGUGCUGCACGGCAUUGAGCCGCGACUGAAGGACUUCCAUCAGCUUCUGCUCAGCCCGCCAAAGAAAAAAGCGAUCCUGACCACCAUUGGCGUGCUGGAGGAGCCCCUGGGGAACGCCCGUCUGCACGGCGCCCGCCUCAUGGCUGCACUGCUGCACACGAACACGCCCAGCAUCAACCAGGAGCUCUGCCGGCUCAACACCAUGGGCUUGCUGCUGGACCUGUUUUUUAAGUACACCUGGAAUAACUUCCUGCAUUUCCAAGUGGAACUCUGCAUAGCCGCUAUUCUCUCCCACGCCGCCCGCGAGGACAGGGCAGAAGCCAGUGGGCUGGAAAGCAGGGUGGAGCUUCUUCCCGAGAACGGGGACCCAGAGGCCCCCCAGUCUGCUGCCAGCCGCCCUGAGAACACAAUGGUGACCCACCUGUUCCAGAAGUGCUGCCUGGUCCAGCGGAUCCUGGAGGCCUGGGAAGCCAACGAUCAUGCACAGGCAGCGGGUGGCAUGAGGAGAGGCAACAUGGGCCACCUUACCCGGAUCGCCAACGCAGUGGUGCAGAAUCUGGAGAGGGGCCCCAUGCAGAGCCACAUCAGUGAAGUCAUCCGAGGGCUCCCUGCAGACUGCCGUGGGCGCUGGGAGAACUUUGUGGAGGAGACCCUGGCAGAGACCAAUCGCAGGAACGCCGUGGACCUGGUAAGCACCCACCACCUUCACCCCUCGAGUGAGGAUGAGGACAUGGAGGGCGUUUUCCCUAAUGAGCUGUCCCUGCAGCAGGCUUUCUCCGAGUACCAGGUCCAGCAGAUGACAGCCACCUUCGUGGAUCAGUUUGGCUUCAAUGACGAGGAGUUUGCAGACCAGGAUGACAGUGUCAAUGCUCCCUUCGACAGGAUCGCUGAGAUCAACUUCAGCAUCGAUGCUGAUGAGGACAGUCCCAGUGCAGCUCUGUUUGAGGCCUGCUGCAGUGACCACAUCCAGCCCUUUGACGAUGACGAGGAGGAUGACAUCUGGGAAGACAAGGAGACGCACUGCACUGCCCGGGUGACGGCUAGAGCCAGGUUCGGGGGCCCUCACACCUCAGAGAGCUGCUCAAAGAAUGGCCUGGAGCGUGGAGGCCAGGACAGGAAGGAGGGCUUGGAGGCAGACAAGGCUGUGGCUCGGGCAGGUGCCCCUCUGGCCUCUUCCCAGAAGGAAGGUCCUCGCUCCGAGGGUGGCUCAGAAGGAGGCACCUCGUGGGCGGUAUUUGAUGAGACCGUGAACUCACCAGUGCCGGUUCCAGGAGUGGCAGUGGAUGUGGGUUCCGGCGUGUGGGCAUCCAGCACCCCCAGCCCCUCAGCUUUGGAGGAAAAAGGCUGGGCCAAGUUCACCGACUUCCAGCCUUUCUGCUGCUCCGAGUCGGGGCCCAGGUGCAGCUCCCCGGUGGACACGGGCCACAGCGGUGCCCAGGAUAGCCUGAAUCAGGGCCCGGAGAGGACCCAUGCACGCGUGGGCUCGAGGCUGUGCCCUGCGGCUCCUCCAUCCUCAACUCCCUGCCCUGUAGUAGGCCCGGCUUCCCCAUGUGCCUGGAACGCGUGUGUCACCAGGAAGGUCCCCCCAGUGGUCUCUGACAACACUGAGGAUGAGCAGAAGAUGGCCGGUGCCACGGAGGCUGUCAGCAUGGGUCCCAGCCGGGAGGCCCCCCUGCCACCCGCAUCAGUCCCCAGGGCUGAGUGCACCGCCAGCACGCUGCCAGACCCCACCUCCCCUGCGCCUGCAGAAGCAACCUUCACCCCGGCAGCAGCUGUCCCCCCGGAGGCUGCUGUGGCGGCCACCACGGCGCUGAGCAAAGCCAAUCCCACCCCGGCCGCCCUGGCAGUUGCUCCCGUGUUGAGUGUGGCAGUCCCAGCAGGGCCCGUAGCGGCCAUAACCACUGCAGCCCCAUCCGCGUGCACAACAGCCAUCCCGGGGACAGCGACGAGAGACAGGAAGAUGGAUGCCCCCCCGUCCGCAGGAGCGGCCUCCAACGGCCCCGUGUGAUGCUGCAGCUGCCUGGCCGUGGCGCACCCUUAAUCGAGAAAACUACCUGGUGAUGCAAUUUGUCUUUUUUAAUUUAAUUUAAUUUAAUUUUAAAAUAAAUGCUGCAUUGGUAAAGCUGGCAGUUGGAACGAGUUGGACUGCCCAGCUUGUGUCUCUCCUGCCUGACCCUGCGGUGGCCUCGAGUCCAGCUCGGCGCACAGCAAUAAGGCCUCGGAUGUGCGCUCUCCCGGCGGGAGCCAGGGGCCAGAGCCCCGAGACACCGGGAGCACGGAGGGCCACGAUGGGCACGGACGUCAUAGGCUCUAAGCCUCAGUUUUUACGGAUUUUUUUUUUUUUUUAAACAAACGCAGGAAAGAGCCACGUGUUUGCACUUUUGUGUCCAGCCACAGCGAAGGGUCUCCCUGGCUCUGGGGACAAAUGUGGGUCUGGAGCUGGACUGGCCAGAUAGGGUCUUAGCUGCCCGGUGGCCCUAGGAGGCGGCCUUGAGCCAGGCUGCAAAAUUUGACUGCCUUAAAAUAAGACCCUCGCGGCCUGGUGGGCAGUUGGGACACCUGGCACGGGCUGGCCAUGGGCAUGCAGGAUAGGGACGCAGCGGGUGCAGAGACUGGCUUCGGCGGUGCUAGGUGGGGUGGGGGUCUGCCCGUCGGGGAGGGCGGGGCCAGGCCAUGCUGUCCUGGAGGGGUCUGCAGGAUUAUUUUGUGUUGAGUCCAUUUUUAAUGUUCUGAUCAUCUGACAGGGCACCCAAGACCCCAACUCCCAAUAAAAGUUGUGUUAUUCUUACUGACAAA